CUCGGGCCGCGCUGGGCGCAGACCCACCAACCUGGAGUCGGGGAUCAGCGCGCAGAACCGGGGCCGCGUGGCGAGUAGUGUUCCCCAGGAUCUGGGUCACGUCUCCUGGCGUCCGGCAGGAUAGAAGGAGAGCUUGUCCUCGAGCUGCAGCAGUAGAAACUGAGGUUUUAAAUGGGGGCUGAGAGCUCAGGCCCAACUCCCAUAACUAGAACUGCAGCAUACAAGGGAGCAGAGGAGUGCCAAGUUAUCCAUUCUCUUUCCUUUGCUAAAACGAGAGGCUUCCUUCCUUUCCUGCAGAGCAGCCUUGACCCAUGCACCCAUUCCAUUUGAGGAUCUGAGAAACCAGACCUCAGAGAACCAGGACUAGCCCUGCUUUCAAGGCAGGGUAGCCCCAUCAGUGACCUACAACCCCUCCAUGACCCCACAACUCCCUUUCAGCAUGGAGUUUGUAUUUGAAGCAGACAGGCAGCAGGUGAUCCUCUGACCUCUUACCUGGGAUUCAAUGGCCACGCAAGCCUAUGGUUCCAUGUCCCCCCAGUUCCAGGACCCUCCCUGGCCCCAUGACCCCUGACCUUCCAAGUGACCUCCCUGGACCUUGACCCCUGUGACUAUUCUUCCCAUCAUCCCCUUGACUCUGGCCCUGGCUCCCCUUUGGGGUCUUGUUGGUCUGGGCUUCCCCAAGAAGAUGUGGGGGAGGCUCUGGCCCCUCCUCCUGAGCUUCCUCACAGCAACUGCAGUUCCCGGACCCUCACCACGGAGACCCUCCAGAGAACUAGAUGCCACCCCUCGGAUGACUAUCCCCUAUGAAGAGCUUUCUGGGACUCGGCACUUCAAGGGCCCAGCCAAGAACUACUCAACACUGCUGCUGGAGGAAGCCUCAGCAAGGCUGCUGGUGGGGGCCCGGGGCGCCCUGUUCUCUCUCAAUGCCCACGACAUAGGAGAUGGUUCUCACAAAGAGAUCUCCUGGGAGGCCUCCCCAGAGAUGCAAAGCAAAUGUCAUCAAAAAGGCAAAAACAAUCAGACGGAGUGCUUCAACCACGUGCGAUUCCUACAGAGGCUCAAUGCCACCCACCUCUACGCAUGUGGGACUCACGCCUUCCAGCCCCUCUGUGCAGCCAUUGAUGCUGAGGCCUUCACCUUGCCAAGCAGUUUUGAGGAGGGGAAGGAGAAGUGUCCUUAUGACCCAGCCCGUGGCUUCACAGGCCUUAUCAUUGAUGGGGGCCUCUACACGGCCACACGGUAUGAAUUCCGGAGCAUCCCUGACAUCCGCCGGAGCCGCCACCCACACUCCCUGAGGACUGAGGAGGCGCCCAUGCACUGGCUCAAUGAUGCUGAGUUUGUGUUCUCCGUCCUGGUGCGGGAGAGCAAGGCCAGUGCAGUGGGGGACGAUGACAAGGUUUACUACUUCUUCACGGAGCGUGCCACUGAGGAGGGCUCUGGCAACUUUGCUCAGAGCCGCAGCAGCCACCGCGUGGCCCGCGUGGCCCGUGUAUGCAAGGGGGACCUGGGAGGGAAGAAGAUUCUGCAGAAGAAGUGGACCUCCUUCUUAAAGGCGCGUCUCAUCUGCCACAUUCCACAGUAUGAGACACUACGUGGUGUCUGCAGCCUGGAUGUUGACACCUCAACCCGCACCCACUUCUAUGCGGCCUUCACGCUGACCACACAGUGGAAGACCCUGGAGGCCUCAGCCAUCUGCCGCUAUGACCUGACCGAGGUGCAAGCUGUCUUUGCAGGCCCCUACAUGGAAUACCAGGAUGGUGCCCGGCGCUGGGGCCGCUACGAGGGUGGAGUCCCAGAGCCCCGGCCUGGCUCAUGUAUCACAGAUUCAUUGCGCAGCCGAGGCUACAACUCAUCCCAGGACUUGCCAUCGCUGGUCCUGGACUUUGUGAAGUUGCACCCACUGAUGGCUCGGCCUGUGGUGCCCACACGUGGACGGCCCCUGCUGCUCAAGCGCAGCGUGCGCUACACACACCUCGCAGGGACGCCUGUUCCCACGCCUGCUGGACCCACCUAUGACCUGCUUUUUCUGGGCACAGCUGAUGGCUGGAUCCACAAGGCCGUGGUCCUGGGCUCUGGAAUGCACAUUAUUGAAGAGACACAAGUAUUCAAGGAGCCCCAGUCUGUGGAGAAUCUGGUCAUCUCUCCGAUGCAGCAUAGCCUCUAUGUGGGGGCUUCUAGUGGAGUCCUCCAGCUACCACUGUCCAGCUGCUCUCGCUACCGCUCCUGCUAUGACUGCAUCCUGGCCCGGGACCCUUACUGUGGCUGGGACCGCAGCACCCAUGCCUGCGUGGACGCCAUCACCGCAGUGAACAGGUCCCAGAGUAGCAGGAUGGCACUGAUACAGGACAUAGAGAGAGGAAACCGAGGCUGUGAGAGCAACAGGGACACAGGGCCACCACCACCAAUGAAGACCCGCUCUGUGCUCCGGGGGGAUGAUGUCCUCCUGCCCUGUGACCAGCCAUCCAACCUGGCCCGGGCCUUGUGGCUGCUCAAUGGGAGCCUGGGCCUGAGCGAUGGGCAGGGUGGCUACCGUGUGGGUGUGGAUGGGCUGCUGGUGACAGACACACAGCCUGAGCACAGUGGCCACUAUGGCUGCUAUGCUGAGGAGAAUGGCCUUCGCACCCUGCUGACCUCCUACAGCCUCACAGUGCGGCCAGCCACCCAUGCCCCGGCUCCAAAAGCCCCUGCCAUGCCCGGGGCACAGCUGGCACCUGAUGUCAGGCUCCUCUAUGUGCUAGCCAUCGCUGCACUCGGUGGCCUCUGCCUCAUCCUGGCGUCCUCCCUCCUCUAUGUGGCCUGUCUUCGGGGAGGAAGACGAGGGCACCGACGGAAAUACUCGCUGGGUCGGGCCGGCAGGGCAGGGGGCUCUGCUGUGCAGCUGCAGACAGUCUCAGGCCAGUGUCCUGGAGAGGAAGAUGAGGGUGACGAUGGGGAGGGGGCUGGGGGCCUGGAAGGCGGCUGUCUCCAGAUCAUCCCCGGGGAAGGAGCCCCAGCCCCACCUCCUCCACCACCCCCACUGCCACCGGCUGAGCUGACCAAUGGGCUGGUGGCGCUGCCCAGCCGUCUGCGUAGGAUGAAUGGCAACAGCUAUGUGCUCCUGAGGCAGAGCAACAAUGGAGUACCCGCAGGGCCCUGCUCCUUCGCGGAGGAGCUCAGCCGCAUCCUGGAGAAGAGGAAGCACACGCAGCUCGUAGAGCACCUGGAUGAGAGCUCUGUCUGAGCUCAGCCUCCCAGGACAAAUGCUCUUCCAAGCCAGCCUGUCUGCCCCAGGCUGGGCCGCUGCCUCCCAAUACAGCCACCCACCUUCACCACCCCCAACUCCAGGCCCUUCCAACUUUUGAUGUCCCUAUAGGGCUAGCCAGAGUCAGGUCCAGCCCAAGUCCCCUCCUUAAUCUCCACAGACCCAUCUGUGAGCAGCCCAGGCCAACUCGUUCUCCUCUGA